ACUACUUUCACUCCACCUCUUCUUUUCCUCUUCUGCAGUCUGUCAGGUGUGGAACAUUUGAGUCUAAUCAUGAGCAGGAACUACUUGUCCAAAAAUGAUGAGCUCCGCAGAGGAGACUAUCUGAUCUCCAACAACAGGCAGUGGAAGGCUAUGUUCCAGGAUGAUGGUAACUUUGUCAUCUUUGGCUGGAAGCCAAUGUGGGCUUCAGACACUGCAGGAACUGAUGCUCACCGCCUGUGCAUGCAGGCUGACUGCAACCUGGUCAUGUACAACAAGGCUGACAAACCCAAGUGGCACACAAACUCCGCCAAACCUGAGAGUAACAUGUGCCGUCUUCAUCUGACAGAUGACGGCAAACUGGUGCUGGACAGGGAAGGUGAUCAGAUUUGGACCUCUGCUAACUCCCAAGGCAUGAAAUAAAAUGAUGCUUUUAAAAACUGAGUACUUUUUACAUUUUGUGGAUGUCAACUUGAGUUAUCAAUAAACCUCCCUGUAAUGUAAUCUGAGCUCAAAUAAAAGCUU